AUGUGCAGAGGAGAUAACAACCUGGGUCACGUGUAUGCGCUGAUUGUCCUUGUGGUGAAACCUGUUUGUAAGUGGUCGAGAAAAUAGCCAUACUCACGCGAUGCCAUUACUUUGCUUUUUUUGUUUUAGAUAAGAUAACAACAAAAACAGCGACAAAAAAAAAUUCGGCGUAGAAACGGACGAAGCAAAAUGACAUACUAUAGUUUGCAUUGUCAAGCAGAUCUUCUAUGAAAAACCUGAGUAUAUUGUAUCUAGUCCUGUACGAAUAAACACUGGCCGUUAUCAACUAUAUAUCCCUUGACACUGGAAAUACGUUAAUUCAAACAAAUUCGUACUAACUUUUUUAGUGAGUUUUUUGGCCCCUGUAUAGACACUUUGUUCCUGUCAAACUUUACUCACAUAAACAUUACCGUGUACGAGGAUCGAAAUAAACUCCGAUCUGAUUUAUUGCGAGACGCAUUAUUUGAUUUUAUCCAUUGAUGGUAAGACGUACCAGUUUUAUGGAUAUAAAGUCCGUUUUUUCGUUUUCUGUUAUUAGUGCCUCCGGUUAUCACUAUCGCACCACCCCCCUUCGUGGCCGUAAAAAAUGCGUAUGAUACAGUAACAUUGCAAUGUGCGGCCCGGGGAUCCCCCAUCCCCACCCUAGAGUGGCGCAAAGAUGAAGCUAUCAUUUCUGCCAACACAACAUCAGAGACUGAAGAAGAAGUAACAGGAGAGCUUGUUAUUCCAAAAUUUGGUCCAAGUGAUCAGGGCGUCUACACUUGUUUCUUUAAGAACUACAACAACGGAACUGCGGAGACCUCAACCAUUGCAGGUACCAUUAUGAUUAGUAAGAGGUAAAUUAUCCGCGAAGGGAUAAAAAAAGCGUUAGUAACAACUUGACACACAGUAUUUAAGUGAUUAGAAAAAUGUGAAAAUAGUUAAUAGUGGUAUAGAUAAGCGCAUUCGAGCUGGUAUAAGGGUCCAACAAGUCUUGGAUCGCAUAGAUCUUGCUAAAUAAAGUAAAUAAAGCUAUGCGUAUUGAUAGCCUUACAGGAUUAAAAAAAAAGGUCUCUAUCUCUUUAAUUUUAGAGCUUGUUGGCUGCGGAGAUCCUGGUAUGCCUGUGCAUGGUUAUAAGACUGGAGCAAAUUACUGGGCAGGACAGAUGGUUACAUUUACUUGUGACACAGGAUACCACUUGGAAGGACCUACAAACCGACUCUGUCAGGAAAACGGCAAUUGGAGCGAUGUGGCCCCCCGACAUGUGAUAAAAUGA